UUUCAUUUUCACCAAAUUCCUGUUUCACUUUCACCAAACCAAAUGACGCUUCACCAAACCAAUUCGUGCACAUCUUGUUCCAUAUACCUUCAUGUGAUUCUUUUCCUUUUCAUAAUCCUACUCUGCUUGCAACUGACCACUACAGCCCCUGCUCCAACAAAUGAGACCGAUCGUUUAGCUUUGCUUAAAUUUAAAGAAUCUGUACCUCAUGAUCCAUAUAAAAUUUUGAGUUCGUGGAAUGAUUCUACGAACUUCUGCAAUUGGCUUGGAAUAACAUGCGAUGGUCGACACCAAAGAGUCACGGCCUUGGACCUGCAGUGCUACAACUUACGUGGAUCUCUAUCACCUUACAUAGGCAACCUCAGCUUUCUUAGAUCCAUCAAACUCCAAAACAACAGCUUCUAUGGUGAAAUUCCAUGGGAAGUUGGUAAUUUGUUUCGAUUGCAGGAACUCAGACUUAACAAUAACACAUUGGAGGGGAAAAUACCAUCCAACUUGUCCAAGUGCUCCAAUCUCAGAUUCAUACAUCUUCAUGUGAAUAACUUUACAGGGAAAAUUCCAAUGGAGCUAGGCUCUCUAAUGAAACUUGAAGAACUUCAAAUCCUCAAAAACAAUUUGGCAGGAGGGAUCCCACCUUCUCUAGGAAAUCUUUCUUCGCUCAAAUCUUUCGCUGCAGAGUACAAUAACUUGGUGGGAAGUAUUCCAGAUACCAUAGGCCGAUUAAAAGGCUUAGUAGUUUUCUCAAUUCUCAUGAAUAAAUUGUCAGGUAUGAUCCCUUCCUCUCUUUACAACGUGUCAUCUCUCCAAAUAUUUUCGGUUGCAGACAACCAACUUAAUGGCACACUUCCAACAAACAUAGGCCUUAAUCUUCCUAAUCUCCAAGUUCUUCAAUUUGGUGGGAAUGAGUUCUCUGGGCCAAUCCCUACUUCAUUAUGCAAUGCAACUCACCUUCAAAAAAUUGAUUUAGGUAUGAACAAUUUUCUGGGAUCAGUUCCAACUAAUCUUGGAAAUUUGUUGGAUCUUUUCUGGCUAGGUUUGAAUGGCAAUUACCUAGGAAAGAGCCUCCAUUUCUUAACAUCGCUAACAAAUUGUAGCAAAUUGAUCUCCGUGGAUUUAAGUAAAAACCAAUUUCGAGGUGUUUUACCCAAUUCUAUAGCCAACUUGUCAACCCAACUCACUAAAUUAUAUUUUGGACGCAAUGAAAUAUCUAGAACUAUUCCUGCAUCAUUAGAGAAUCUUGUCAACUUAAUUGGCUUAGGCAUGGAUUAUAAUCACUUCAGUGGCACCAUUCCCCCUAGUUUCGGGAGGUUUCAAAAGAUGCAACUGUUGGUUUUAGGUGGAAACAAAUUGUCUGGAGAAAUACCAACCUUCAUAGGCAACCUUACUCGGUUAUUUCGACUCGAGUUACAAGAAAACAAAUUCGAAGGAACCAUACCUCCAAGUAUUGUACACUGCCCAAAUUUGCAGAUCUUGGACGUUUCACAAAAUAACCUUAAUGGAUCCAUACCCCUAGAGCUUAUUGGUCCUUCUUCCCUUCCGCUAAUUCUCCUCAAUUUAUCUUACAACUCAUUAACUGGCAAACUGCCAUCUAAAGUAGGUAACCAGAAAAAUAUCAACAAACUGGAUGUUUCUAACAAUAAUUUGUCGGGUGAAAUUCCGACAUCUAUCGGAAAUUGUUUGAUGUUGGAACACCUUAACCUGCAAGGGAAUUCCUUUAUAGGAACCAUUCCAUCAGCUAUGGCUUCUUUGAAAGGUCUUCGACAUCUAGAUGUUUCACAAAAUAACCUAUCAGGAUCCAUUCCACACGGUUUUGAGAAGCUUCCUCUUUUAGAAAGUUUGAAUCUUUCGUUUAAUAAUUUUGAGGGUGAGGUACCAACUGAAGGAGUUUUUAAAAACACAAAUGCAAUAUCAUUGAUUGGAAAUGCUAAACUUUGUGGUGGUAUACCCAACUUGAAGUUGCCAAAAUGUCCCGUAAAAGUAAUGAAACCAUGGAAGCCCAUUGGCUUCAGAGUAGCAAUUAUUAUUAUUCCCAUUGUUCUAUUUAUUUGCUUGUUUUCAUCCUUUCUUGAUCUCUACUGGAUAAAAAAAUCAAAAAGGUCACUAUAUAUGGCUUCAAGAAUGGCCCGCAGUAAUUUUUUAUACACAGAAUUCUAUUAUAAUGUUACAUACAAAGAACUCUAUCAGGCAACUAGUGGAUUUUCUUCAAAUAAUUUAAUAGGAUCUGGUAGUUUUGGCUCUGUAUAUAAAGGAGCUCUUGAUGGGAAUGAAACUCUAGUUGCUAUAAAGGUCCUUAACCUUCAACAGAGGGGAGCUUCCAAAAGUUUCAUGGCCGAAUGCAACGCAUUACGAAAUAUUCGGCAUCGGAAUCUUGUUAAAAUAAUAACAUGUUGCUCUCACAUGGAUCAUCGUGGAAAUGAAUUCAAAGCUCUAGUCUUUGAAUUCAUGACAAAUGGGAGCUUAGAUGUUUGGUUGCAUCCAGGGCUAGACAAUGAAAAUCAAUCAAGGAAUUUGAGCCUUCUUCAAAGACUAAAUGUUGCAAUUGAUGUGGCUACUGCAAUAAAUUAUCUUCACAACCAUUCUGUGCCAGCAAUUAUUCACUGUGAUUUAAAGCCAAGUAAUAUUCUUCUUGACAAUGACAUGGUUGCUCAUAUAAGUGAUUUUGGCUUAGCAAGGUUCCGCUCAACUAUUGAAGAUUCUUGUUUAAAGGAAACUAUUACAACUGGGCUAGAGGGAUCUAUUGGCUAUGUUGCUCCUGAGUAUGGCAUGGGCUGUGACACUUCAACAAAGGGAGACGUGUAUAGCUAUGGAAUAAUUAUAUUGGAGAUGUUCUUAGGGAAGCGACCCACUGACAAAAUGUUUAAAGAUGGUCUCAAUCUCCACAAUUAUGCUAAGAUGGCAAUGGCACAGCCAGAAAGACUUGUUCAAAUUGUAGAUCCAAUCCUUAGAAGAGAAGUUGAAGAAAUGCCAACAACAACAGUAAAUAGAGAAGAUAAUAAUGAAAAUGAAAUUGAAGCAAAUGAAGAAAUUCAUGGUAUUGUCAACCUGUGCCAAAUGGAUGCUAUUGUGCAUAAGUGCUUAGUCCCAAUACUUCAAAUUGGACUAGUUUGUUCAAUGCAGUCGCCAAAAGAAAGAAUGAAUAUGGAGGAAGUUACCAGGAAAUUACAUUUGAUAAAAAAUGCUUAUCUUAGUUCCAGGAUUUGCAGAGGUGCGCCUUUAACUAGUGGAAUCCAAGUUGAGGGAAAAUGGAAUGAAAUCAUGCUACAACAAUUUUUUGAAGAAAACUCAAUCCGGGCUAUAAAGCAAAUUCCCAUCCCUAGAAGAGCAACUCCAGAUACGUUGGUGUGGUUGGGAGAAACGUCAGGAAAUUUUUCAGUGAAAUCUUCCUACUUAACAGAGCACGGUGAUAGAUUUGAUCAGAAGUAUAACCAAGUUCGGAAGAAGUUAUGGGAAAGUAAAUUGCAUGAAAGACUAAAAAUGUUUCUGUGGAGGCUUGCAAAUGGAGAACUACCCCUCAAAACCCGAUUGGCAAAUAGCAUAGGGUGUGAGGAUCUGUCUUGCGUGCUGUGUGGGGAAGCAGAGGAAUCAGAGCUACAUGUGUUCCGUGAUUGUAUAGCAAUUAGAAUGUUGUGGUUUGCCUCUGAGAUUGGUUUGAGAUGGGAUCAUUUUGAGGCUAAUUCUGCUGUGGAGUUGGUACACAUGAUUUUAAACCCUCCUGAGGAGUUAAUAACUGAAGGUUUAAAUCAAAAUAAGUUCACUUUAAUGGCAGCUGUGAUUUGCUACGAAACAUGGAGGAUGCGAAAGCUGAUGCUUUCUAAACAUGUAGAGUUUGACCCAAUGGAAUUCCCUUGGAGAAUUAAGUCUGCUAUGGAAAGCUUUUCUCCAAGAAAGGAAAAUGAUGGGCAAUGUAAAGAAAGAGAGAAGGAAGAAGGGUGGUGUUGAUUCUUCUUGGAGUGAAGGGAAAGCAAGUGUUGCUGGUUUGGCAAGAAACUGUAGAGGUGAAGUUUUGAAGGCAUGGGCUGAACAGGUGGAUGCUGAUUCUGUGGCAAUAGCUGAAUGCUUGGCUAUUGGACUAGCAAUUCAAGCUGCAAUUGAAGAAGGCUAUGAGCAAGUAAAGAUAGAAGGGGAUGCAAAGAUUGUUUUAGAUACCAUCUGCAACAUUGGUCAAUCGAUAUGCUGGGAGCUUCAUCAGUAUGUUGAAAUGAUUAGAAGUGUAGUUAAGGAGAGUGAGACUCCUAAAUUUUGUUUUAACUGGGUUCCUAGGAUUUUGAACAAAAGUGCUGAUGCAUUGGUUAAAUGGGCCUCACGUUCAUUUUUUUCUGGUAGUUUAGUUGCUGAGACUCUCCCAAUUUCUGUUUCUGAUGUUGUUGCUCUUGAGAGGGUCUCUUCUUGUUGUACUGUGUAAUUCUGUUUUGUUGGUUUUAAUGAAUUUUAUUUCAGCAAAAAAAAACCUUCAUAUCUCUCUCUCUCUCUCUCUCUCUCUCUCUCUCUCUCUC